UAGUAUACUUUUCAGCGUUUUCCAAUUCACAUCAAUUCAGCAGCAUUGUUCAUAUUUGAAGGAUUAAGUAGUAAUCUUAAAAUAAAAAUUGUAUCGAAAGUGAUUAUAGGCAGCAAUAUAAUAAAAUAUUAGCGACAACAUUGAUUCACCGAGACAAGACCAAUUAAAAGACAUUUAAGAGUUUACGAUACAAUACUGUAUUAAUGAAAGCCAAACCAAAACGGCCGACUCAAAUUAAGCCGAAUACGUGUAGACAAUGUUAUACAUACUAAUGUAUUUACAUAUAUAAAUCGUUUAAUUGUGUCACAUGAAAGAAUCCGCGAGCAAGCGAAGAGACAUACGAACAUACAUAUAUGUACAUAUAUACAUUCUGUACACAUGAACACAAAUUAGUAAAAUUUUUCAAUAAUUAUGCUUCUCAAAUAUUAUGAUACCCAAUUGCUUCUGCCGAUAGGCGGUUAUUUUUGACCAAUGAGAACAAAUUUAAUUGUAUGCUUAUUCACGUAUACACACGGCUUAAAGAUAUUUACAUUUUGACACUCUUAUGCAGAAAGGUAUGUCGUUCGAAGUCGGUUAUAGUACCAUGAUUAGCAAACAUGUUCUUCUUUUUCUAAAACACUGAUUUUCCACGAUUUCACAAAGGCAAACAAUAAGCUUUUCGAAUGUAAACAUUAACCAAAAGAACUUUUAGUAAAUACUUACGGUCCUUUCCUUUUCGGAAUUAAAUUGGAUUGGUGCUUAUAAUGUCGAUUCCGAAGAAAUCUUGGCGUUUUGCAUUUGAGCUGUCGGAAUCGGAAAUAAUUAGCGAAAUAAGCUAAAAUACGUAUGUUUUUGUCAGCCAAAAAUUUCUUGUGCCAUAAUUCAUUAGAAUAGUGCUUCUAUUAUAUCUAUCUAUGUAGCUGAUCUGUUCCUAAUAAUAAGCUGUUAGUACAAAAAAUAUCAUGGGGCCGGCAUUAACAAUAAAUUUUUUAUCACGAAACACAAUUAGAGGAAAACAGCUGGGUAGCAGCUGACAAUUAGUAUUGAAAAGGAAUGCAGAAGCUUCGAAAUCGUUUCGGACUCAUGCCAAAUUAAAAACACCUAAACGCAAAUGAGUCGAAAUGUGCUGAAAUAUUCCUUUCAAACCGAAUCGGUUUUUGGUCUCGUGUUUAGGGCCUUCUAAAAAAGGAUUAAAACGUUUUUCAUUCCAUGUACAAGGUAUUAUUGAAUUUGAUUAAUUGGUGACACUUGGCGCUUAUUGUUUAAAGGGUAUAUCUUCAAUUUAAAGUAAUUACCUCGACAUUUUUGCAAGUAACUGGCGUUUGAAAACAGCCAUUCCGAUUGCUGUGAUGUCUAUUGAUCCGUCAACAUCAACAUCUCCCAGGCCAUCCAAUUUUGAGGCGGCUUUUGGAGAAUCCAUGUGUACGGACUUAUUGCCAGCAGCGCUAUUUACGGAAAAACACAUGGAGGAUCAGGGAAUGCAGUCAAAUUUUGCGAUGCCUUCGGCUACUUCGUCAUUGAAUCUAAGUGGAGCUGAAGCCAAAAUUGAUUUACAGUCGGUGACGCAGUCGCAACCUUACAGCGUUGCCGCAAAUGCUCUUUACAGUCAGUUUAAGAUCAAAGAGCAGCUUAAGCAUCAACUGGAGUCACAGCAGGCACAGGCAAACACACUGGCGACAACAUCUUUGCAACACACGGAGCUGCAGAGCCGACAUCAGCAGCAUCCCCUCCAGCAGUUUAAGCAUCAACAGCAGCAGUCACAGGCACAGACACUGGCGAAAAGUUUCUUGCAACACACGGAGCUUCAGCAGCAACAGGCAAAAUGCUUUACGCCACGGGCACUUAAUAAAUCUCAGUUGAGUUUAGUCACUGAUAGCAUGCCGAUAUCUAUGUCUAGAUCCAACCUGAAUAACGGCAGUAUGGCGUCCAUUAGAAGCGAACAGCAAUUAUGCCAGCUAUACAAUUCGCAGCAGCACUCGGACUAUAUUAUAUCCGAUUAUAUGGAUAAGAUAGCGACGCGCAUUAGUUUGCUUGAGACAGAGCUGAAGUUUGCUUGGCGAGCACUUGACUUACUCUCCAAUGAGUACGGUAAGAUUUGGAUAAGGUUAGAAAAAUUGGAGAACAUAUCCGUGGAGCAACAAUCAGUGAUGGGCAAUCUAAUGGGUCUCAUCGCUGCGGCAAAGCAACAACAACAACACCAAGAAAUUGACUUAGAUGCCAAUUCUCCGUUUGCUUCGUUUUUGGUAGAUAAUCAGCUCUUACCAAUGGAACUGGAAUCGGAUGCCAAUAUUGAUAUCUUGGAGUCAAAGUCCCAAAAACAAGAUUUUCGCCAUAAACUAGAGGAAUUGAAACACUGCCAUGGGGCGAAAACCCAGAUGAACAGCUUAGAGUUAAUCAUAGAUGGCCAUGAGCAUGGACAUACCAUUCCUGGCGACUUAUAUUUUAAUGAUGCAACGUAUGUCUUAGAGACGGAUAAUAACAGCGAUGACCUGUUUUUGCAGUUCAACAACGGAUCGUCAGGGAUUAACUUAAAGGAUAGUGGUGUGGAACAGGCUAGGGAUGAUAAGCAACUCGAUAUAGAAGAACAUGAGUGCUCGUGGCUUAAGAAUGUAGCAGGCGGUGCAGAUGGUCUUAGCGCACAUCAUAUACGAACCCGAGGAAAGCUUUAUUCCGAAUCGGAUUUACUAAUGUACGAGCAGCAACAGAUUAUGGCGAACAAUGCGCGCGCUGAACUAUUGCAGGAGUUUUUGAAUGGACAGCGGGUACUCGAACAAGUGGCUUCCGCUUCCGCUUCCGUGUCCGCAUCCGCUGGACAUUCAGUAAACGGUAGCCUACGUCAUGUCAGGUCAAUACGAGGACAAGAAAUGGGACAGAAAGCAUCCGAUGUUAAUGCGUUGACUUCAUCAAAGGAACUCGGCGAACUAACCGAAGAGGUGCAGUUUUUUCGAUUAGCCGCCGUUAAAACCGGUCAAGGAGGGAACGAAAUUGAACCUAUUGAAGAUACCGGAGGGACAAAUUUAAAUUUGCAGCCGGAAGCGACAGACGAUGGUGAAAUGAACGAAAAUUUUUACAAAAAACUUAAUGAAGCGUAUCGAGAGAAUAAUUUAACUACAGAAAUAUCCAAUAUGGAGCGGCUGCUACAGCAGGCAAAAAUAACUCACGAGCAUAUCCCAGGGUUGCCCUUAAAUACUGGCCAAUCGACAUCUUCUCUGAUGAUGAUCCUGAAGGGAAAAGAGGAGCAGAUGAAAAAUGUAGAUUUUAAACAAACUACAGAAUGUACUACAUCUGUUGAUAAAUCAAUCGUUGGAAUACAGAGACCUGCAGCUUUUGAGAACACAUAUAAGGGUAAAGAGUUACGAAAACAUCGAAAAAAGAAACAUCAUAAGAACGAAAUGGAUAUGAUCAAUAAUUUGAAAAGCAUACUUGCCCAGGCGUCUAGUAGCAGAGAUAACCCAAAUAUUGAUUAUGCCAAGUCUCAUCAACACUUCUUAAAUAAGGAGGAAGCAAUAUUUUCCAACAAGCCGAGUACCAAUCGCUUGACACAAGCGCAAUCCGAUAGAGACAAUCGACGGUCACCAAACUCCUCAUCUUCGAAAGAUGCCGGCAGUCUUAAUGACCAGAAUAUUGCUAUUCUAGAUUGCAUGACUGACAUUAUAAUAAGAGAAAUAAAUAAAAUAGGUGACUUGCAAUCAUUAUCUGCAUCUCAAAUCCUUAAGCUCCGGCAGACAAUUAGAUCUGAGCAGACAUUUUUUGAGAAACUCAAUCAGGUUGACAAGAAUCUAACACUAUUGUUGUUAAACCCUGUCACUAUGGCUGAAGAGCUGCGACGUCUGCGCGUCAUGGAAGUGGAUGAAAAGUUUGAUCUUGUCAUGAAGAAAUUUAAUAAGAAUAUCGAUACUCUAAAGAAGUUAGUCGGCAAUUCGUUUGAAGAAUACAAAAUAACAAAUACCAAAUAUAUAAAUACCCCAAGUACAAGUGCAAACCCAAGUACAACUUCAAGUACAAGUACAAAUAUCCCACAGCAUUUAAUUCACCGAAACAAUUGCCAAGUAAACUUGAGAGAAACUUCUAUGACAAAUGAAUAUAGUGCCCACCUGCUACGAAAUAACUCAGAUCUAGAUGAGCAAUUGAAACUGCUGGAGACUCAAGAGAUUGAAAUAAAUCGCAAAAAAAAUAUUGAAAAAAUAACAAAGAGCCGUAUACUGGAUGUUGAUAAUUUUAUAGGUGAAGAUAGCGAAUAUAGUCAUAAUCAUCAACCCACCAGUCGCAGUGUCAGUCCUCAAAUAUUGUUAAGUCCAGGACAUAGGCAAAUUUUCAGCAUUGUUGAGAAAGCCUCAAGUUCAACAAAUAUUUACAAUCAGGAUGAGUACAUUAGAUCCCUAAAGAAAAGUCUCGAACGCCACAAUAGUAUGUUGUUUCUGUUACACCUUCAAAAUCCAGAGAAACACAAAGCUUCCGCUGACUUAGAUGAUAUUCUACUGGGGCCUAGUGGAACAAGUCCUCCACCACCAGCUCCCAAUGACAACGGAUUCGAUGAUAUUUUAGACAUAUCUGUUAAUCCUUUUAGUGCAGAAGCGCAUGCAAAACAGGUGUUACAGCAACAACAACAACCACAGCCUCUCAAAUCCCCGUCACGGCAGGCCAAGUCAGACUCUGGGCUAUCUUCAAUGAGUGGCUGGUCACCAAAUUCACCCGGAUCCGUGCCUCUAAAUAUUCAUAAUGGAAGCUCAUCUUUUAACAAAUACAAUGAUAUUACCAUGAAUAUGAUUCAGAUGAUGCUGGACUUGCAAGCGGGUCCAGACGUUAACUCCAAAAGCGCUAUAAUCGCUGAUAAAGUAAUCAAUAUUGACGCUGAGUCCAACAUCAAUAUAUUCCAGGAGCAACAGCAAAAUCAACAUUCUGAAUUAGGCACUGCCUAUGUGUUUUCGGAAGAAAAUCUUAAUUAUAUACAUGAGCUAUCGAAAAAUAUUCCGAUUUGUUCAGUGUAUGAAAAUAAAUCUAUGUUUGAUGUGCUGCCAUCUGAGGCAAACCCAAAUGACAAUGAAACCAUUUGCACAAUUGAUGAAAUGCUUGAAUGGGAUCAACAGCAGCUAGAAGCAUCGUCUCAGGUACAGCAAAGCGCUGAUCGAUUUUUGGACAGUAUCAAUAUGAAUUCAAAAACAACGAUUAGCGCAAAUCGUAUACCGGAUAUUUUAAAGAAUGAAAUACCACAGAGCUUAUCUGUGAAACUGGAUGAAUCCAAAAGAGAUUUGUCGGCGAGUGGCAAUACGCAAUCGGGUCAGGUUCGUAUGUCCAAGUUAUCUGGUUAUCUGGAAACUGAUAUUGAUCAAACUCGUAAGCCUCACCUAACGGAUCGACUAGUUUAUUAUCCUACAUUCAACGGCAUCGCCGACUAUAACAGCAGCAAUAAUUUAGACUAUAUGGGCUUUGAUCAGUACGAACGUUUCCGCCAUCCAAAUUUAGAUGGGCCGUGCGAUAGGCCAUCGGCUCAUCAACAAUCUGUGAAUUCUUAUCCAACUAAGAUGAAAUUUCAGUCCACAUCUCAAUCAUCGACCAAUAUCUGUAGCAACGGUAACCAGCAAAUCCGGAUGCAGCCAGUCGAAUCGAAAUCACCCAAAGUGUGGAACAAGCUUACCAACCUACUACCAGGUAAUUUGAAAUUGAAGCGACCGAUAAGGUACAACCGAUCCCACUCCCUACCCAGUGGAGAUGUGCAGACAAAGGGCUCACAGAUGCAAGUGCGUGGCCAGGCAGGCUCGUAUCCGUUUGUUACAGCCUCUGCUCACAUACGGUCCCACGGCAGCGUUCAUAGUAAUUUUGAGCUAUCGAAACGUAUUCAAAAGUUGCCGAUGCGAAUAAUACAACGAGCUACGUCUACCCCUUCUGGACGGAUUUCGCCAGAUUGUUCGAACCCAGUUCGAACUCAUAAGCAAAAGAAUCGCUCGUUUUCGACCAAAAUGAAUAGUUUAAUGCAGAAGGCUAAAUCGUAUAAGCGGCACAGCUUUAGUCUGCGCCACGGAUCUAGCAUCUCAGAUACCGAAAUAGAAGUCCCAAACUUAACAUCCUCCGACAACGAUGACUCAGCGACCAGCGAGUUUGAGGCCAAUCAGCAGUUGGCAGUCCAAGACUUGUCGGUCCACUCUGAUAACGAUGAUAACUAUGAUCCUACUACAGCAACCGAAAAUCGGGACGAUAAUUAUUAUGAAGACACGCCUGAUAGUAGUUUGCAAGUAAAUAUGGUGAAUAAUUUAUUCGCCGUUGUCGGUGACCUAAAGAGAAUUCAAUCGACAACAGCCGCAUCGCCAUCAAUACCGAUGCCCAUGCCCCUCUCAACGGGGGACGAUCUUCAGUUGGAUCAGACAUUCGAUUCAAUGCAACAAUUCAACAACUGUGACCAAGUGCCAGAAAUAUUUGUUGAAACCAAUGAAAUUUCUAACACUCAAACGCCCCAUGAGGCUAGCAUGCCACAAGCAUUUCCAGGCAUUUCAAAUAAUGUACAAAAAUCCAACCUAGUUUAUGACGAUGACAAGGAGUGCAGUGUGAAGUCUGUAGAGAAAAUCCCAACUACAACGAGCACUACGAUAACCCACUUAAAUGGGCUGCCGCAGCUUGGGCGGGGAACAGUUUUGGCCACACAACAAUCGUUAGACAUUCCAAACAGUCUCUGCUAUAGCUUGAGGGAUGACGAUGACAAUCGCAGCCAACAUUCCGGGCGCACACUUUCCUCGUCUCGACGUCAGAGCACUGAGGACAGCAUUGACACGGACGACGAGUACUUUUGCUACGAAUUGCGCCAACUUGAGGAACUUGAGAAAGAGCGGACUGAGGCUCAAGCAGCCGCUGCGGCAGCGGUAGCACCAGACCCGGAUGGCUUUGAGCAGCAUCCCGACAACGAAGUGCUAUUUACGCAGAUUGGUCAGUUAGCCAUGAGUGGUGUUGAGGGUAACAGUAUUUAUUAUACGGAUUCGGAAAAGAAUGCACUUGCUCAGACCGACUAUGUACCGGAUGAUAGCGUUAAGCACAAGAUGUCUCAGGUGCUGAACGAGCUCAGGUGCGUAGUUAAGAUGGAACCCGAUAUGGCUGGAACUAAUGAGAGUGAUGUCAAUAACGGGCCUGGCAUCGCUGACAUCACUAAUGCACCUACUGAGGGCAGGGAAUUUGAACUUUUGAGCAAGCAAAAACCUUCGCUUGGUGGUGAAAAGUUGGUUAAAGUCUUGGAUAUGCAUAGCGCUUGGCAAGAUGUUAAUAACGAAUAUCAGAUACCAAGCUCCGAUCUGGAGACGAACGGACCUGGCAAAGAUGCUAACAAGGAGCUACCAGUGUUCCGAGACUCACAUAACAUUGGCCAAGCCUCGACAUUACAUCACACCGAAACUUUCCCAGCUGCAGAUGCAUCGGUGUCGGAAAAACAACUCAAACGUUUCAAAAAGAAGAGGCGCGAAAGAGGAAAGGGGGCACAUCCUCGCGCAGCCGAACAUGACAUCGUUCCUAUCGACUCGCAACUGGUAUCAAGUUCCUCAUACUCGUCUGAGGAUGAAUACGAAUACAAACAAAAACUGAGAUCUUCUAGUGGAAACGGGUUAAAAGCCCUGCUCGAUCGACAGGCUCAUGCUGUUACAUUAAUGGACGAGUAUUCCAUCGAAUUGGAUAUCGUGCACGAGUCUUCCAGUGUCACAUCAGGGCCUGAUACGCCAGCUGCAUUGAGUGAUGAUGUGGACUUGGUUGAGGACGAAAUAGCAGAUGAUCUGUCUUUGAGUAAAAAUGCAUUUUUGGGUCAUAAAGAAAAUUCUGUGCAUGGAGCCGAUUUAAGGGACCAACGCAACAGCCUAACUGGCGUAGUAUGUGGGUCGCAUGGGCCAGUAUGUUUGCCGACUGACAACUUUCGGAUAACCAAUUCUCUCGAUGUGUUACCGACAGUUAACAAUACUCCGCCUCCACUCCUUGAAUUGACCUCGAGUGUCGCGGGGUCCCCGGCGGGUACUGUAAAUAGCGCAGGGGUCAACUUAAGCAGCAGUAAGUGGAAAUUGCUGAAAACAUUGAAAGAGCGUAAAAUCGAGGAAAAAAACAAUCUGGACAAAAUGAAGGAAGAAGAGUUGUCAAAAGAUAAGGAGAAGAAUGGCACCGGAACAGGUGAUGUUAGUUUGCGAUCCAAUGGCCAUCCGGGUGAUAAUCCGUUCUACAGUAAUAUUGACAGCAUGCCCGACAUUCGUCCAAGGCGAAAAUCUAUUCCCCUUGUCUCUGAACUGGUGCUCAAGACAAUGGCAGCCACGAAACGUAAUGCCGGACUGACGUCGGCAGUUCCCCGAGCAACGCUUAAUGAUGAAGAAUUGAAAAUGCAUGUCUACAAAAAGGCGCUGCAGGCACUCAUCUACCCAAUAUCAUCAACCACCCCACAUAACUUUGUACUGUGGACGGCCACCUCCCCAACUUAUUGCUAUGAGUGCGAGGGCUUACUUUGGGGCAUUGCCCGCCAGGGAGUACGAUGCACCGAGUGCGGCGUAAAGUGUCACGAAAAGUGCAAGGAUUUACUAAACGCCGACUGUCUACAACGUGCCGCUGAGAAGAGCUCCAAGCAUGGUGCCGAAGAUAAAGCUAACUCCAUCAUAACCGCCAUGAAGGACCGCAUGAAGCAACGGGAACGUGAAAAACCAGAAAUAUUUGAAUUGAUCAGAGCCGUAUUCAGCAUUGAAGAGAAAAGCCAUACUGGUCAUAUGAAGGCUGUGAAGCAAAGCGUCCUGGAUGGAACCAGUAAAUGGUCGGCGAAGAUAGCAAUCACAGUGAUUUGUGCUCAAGGCCUGAUAGCGAAGGAUAAAAGCGGUACGAGUGAUCCAUAUGUGACGGUGCAAGUUAGCAAGGUGAAAAAACGAACGCGCACAAUGCCCCAGGAGCUAAACCCUGUGUGGAACGAGAAGUUUCACUUCGAAUGCCACAACUCUUCAGAUCGUAUCAAAGUUCGUGUGUGGGAUGAGGACAACGAUCUUAAGUCAAAACUGCGACAAAAGCUGACGCGUGAAUCAGAUGACUUCCUAGGACAAACCAUAAUUGAAGUUCGAACGCUGUCCGGAGAAAUGGACGUGUGGUACAAUUUGGAGAAGCGUACCGAUAAGUCGGCUGUGUCAGGUGCUAUUCGACUACACAUUUCCGUUGAGAUAAAGGGCGAGGAGAAGGUGGCACCCUACCAUGUACAGUAUACCUGCCUGCAUGAGAACCUCUUUCAUUACUUAUGUGAAGAGAAUAGCGGAAUGGUCAAGCUACCCAUACAAAAAGGCGAUGACGCAUGGAAGCUGUACUUUGAUGAAAUUCCUGAAGAAAUCGUUGAUGAAUUCUCAAUGCGUUAUGGCAUCGAAAAUAUAUAUCAAGCAAUGACACAUUUCCAUUGUCUCUCCGCAAAGUAUCUAUGCCCAGGAGUGCCGGCCGUGAUGAGCACCUUAUUGGCGAAUAUUAAUGCAUAUUAUGCACACACAACUGCAUCUUCAGCUGUUUCGGCCAGUGAUCGCUUUGCAGCGAGUAACUUUGGGAAGGAAAAAUUUGUGAAAUUGCUAGAUCAGCUGCAUAACUCGCUGAGGAUCGAUCUCUCAAUGUAUAGAAAUAACUUUCCCGCUUCUAGUCAAGAAAAACUUAUGGAUCUCAAGUCGACAGUUGACCUCCUGACUAGUAUAACAUUUUUCCGUAUGAAGGUUCAAGAGCUGUCUAGUCCACCAAGAGCUAGUACAGUUGUCAAGGAUUGCGUAAAAGCUUGUCUUAGAUCCACCUAUCAAUUCCUUUUUGAAAAUUGUUAUGAGCUCUACAACAGGGAGUUUCAGGUGGAUCCAAACGAGACGAAACGUGAUACCGAUGACCAUGGCCCAAAACUAGACAGUGUAGACUUCUGGCACAAGCUUAUUGCAUUAAUUGUUUCUGUUAUUGAUGAAGACAAAAACAGUUAUGGAACAGUGCUCAAUCAAUUCCCCCAGGAACUGAAUAUUGGACAGCUAUCAGCUGCUACUAUGUGGGGUCUUUUUGCCGUAGACAUGAAGUACGCGCUUGAAGAGCACGAGCAGCAUCGACUUUGCAAGUCAUCUGCAUAUAUGAAUUUGCAUUUUCGUGUUAAAUGGCUAUACAGUAAUUAUGUGAAAGAGGUGCCACCAUAUAAAGGAGCUGUACCUGAGUACCCAGCCUGGUUUGAGCCUUUCGUAAUGCAAUGGUUGAAUGAGAACGAUGAUGUGUCGUUAGAAUAUCUUCAUGGUGCGUUUAACCGUGACAAAAAGGACGGGUUUCAAAAAAGCAGUGAACAUGCUUUGUUCUCGAAUUCUGUAGUCGACGUUUUCACACAACUGACGCAAUGUUUCGAUGUUGUUAGCAAGCUCGAGUGUCCAGAUCCAGAAAUUUGGAAACGUUACAUGAGGCGUUUUGCUAAAACAAUCGUAAAAGUGCUAAUUGCCUAUGCUGAUAUUGUGAAAAUGGAGUUUCCAGAGCAUCUGAGGGACGAACGAAUUGCCUGUAUUUUAAUGAACAACAUACAGCAGCUAAGAGUUCAAUUGGAGAAAAUGUUUGAGUCAAUGGGAGGUGAUAAGCUAGAGGAGGACGCAGCCAAUAUCCUUAAAGAACUUCAGCAGAACCUUAACUCAGCUCUGGACGAUUUAGCUUCACAAUUUGCUAUAAGCUUGGAACCACGUAUAACUCAGUCAGUGCGAGAGCUUGGUGACAUGCUGCUUUCGAUCAAGGGAGGUGGCGGAACCCUAACAGCCGGAAAUCAGGCGGUGCAAAGGAAUGCGGUGGCCGUUGAAGCCGACGAUGUGCUAAGACCGUUAAUGGACUUACUUGAUGGUUCCUUAACUUUGUAUGCCCAGUCCUGUGAAAAGACAGUGCUGAAACGUUUGCUUAAAGAACUUUGGAAAAUAGUUAUGCGAAUUUUGGAAAAAACAAUUGUCCUGCCUCCAAUGACUGACAAAACUAUGAUGUUCAAACAUCUUACUGAUAAUGCAAAGAAUUUGGCUUCAAAUGCAAAAAUAGAAGACAUGGGCCGCUUGUUCAAGUCGCAUAUGGCUGGAAAACAGGACGUUAAAAGUGCUCUUAGCGGUGUUAUGGACAUAUCAAAAGAAGUUGAAAAAAACCUAUCCCCCAAACAAUGUGCCGUGCUAGAUGUUGCCUUAGAUACAAUAAAACAAUACUUCCAUGCCGGUGGUAAUGGACUGAAAAAGACGUUUCUAGAAAAGUCAUCGGAGUUGCAGAGUUUGAGGUAUGCACUUAGCUUGUAUACACAAAUGACAGAUACCCUUAUUAAAACCUUCAUUUCGAGUCAAGUGCACGAAGUUGACCCUGAAAACGCCGAAGAGAGCGUUGGUGAAAUCUCAGUGCAAAUAGACUUAUUUUCACAUCCUGGCACGGGAGAGCACAAAGUCAACGUUAAAGUCGUGGCUGCCAAUGAUCUGAAAUGGCAAAUACCAUCUGGAAUGUUCAGACCAUUUGUGGAGAUCAAUCUAAUCGGACCGCACCUUCAGGAUAAAAAGAGAAAAUUUGCGACUAAAUCAAAAUCAAAUAACUGGUCUCCCAAGUACAACGAAUCGUUUAGCUUCGCCAUUGGUAAUGAGGAGCAACUAGAUUUCUUUGAACUACACAUCUGCGUUAAGGACUAUUGUUUCGCCCGAGACGAUCGACUUGUGGGAGUUGCAGUUAUACCUUUAAAGGAUAUAUCUGAAAAGGGAUCGGUCGCAUGUUGGUUACCUUUACAGCGCCGCAUCGAAAUGGACGAGACUGGUUGGACAAUUCUAAGAAUACUAUCGCAGCGCAAUAACGACGAAGUCGCUAAGGAAUUUGUUAAACUAAAAUCAGAAAUUCGUCAGGAACCGACAAUGGGUACUUAAAUACUCGAACCUUCGCAAACUCUCAGAUAAAACCCAUAUGUACUUUCUAAAUACAUGAGUUUACUCGAUUAUUAAUAAGAAGUUAUACAUUUAGUAGCAUUAUCCCUAUCUAACAUAUACAUAUUUAAAAAAAAACAUAUACAGUACAACAAAAUAAAAGAAAAACAUGUUAAUAUUUAUCUAAGUUCAUCUAUCAUAUUAUUUGAUACCUAUAUUUAUGCGGUAAACGCCAGUUGUGUAAAAAGUUGAUAAUGUAUAACUUUAUAUCCCUUUAAGCAUACACACCCCAAUAACGUACAUGUGUAUUACAAAAAAAAA